UGUUGCGGUAUUUCUGUAUUACAUUGUGUAUUUAAUUAUAGUUAUAACUUAUUUUAAAUAUUACAUUUUAUGAAUGAAAUGAUUUAUUUUAUGAAUAAGAAUAAUGCUCUAUCGUAUAUACCGUGGUCGGCUGACAUUUAAACUUUAUGUGAUCAUUGUUUUGAUUAUAAUAGUCACUGUAUGUGGAUAUUUGUUUCCUCAAUUUAGAUUUAACCCUAUCGCUCCUGUGACUGUACAGCCUAGUACUCUACAUUCACGUACUUCGCGUCAUUUAUCAAAAUUAGUGACUGUUGUCUUCCGUCAAUUUGAAGAUUUCGACAAUGAUGUCGCAGACAGCGUACAGUCUUUUGUAUCAGCAUACCCGAACAUGCCCGUGGUGGUUGUUUGUGAUAAUACACCGUAUCCACCUUUCCCGUUCUCAGCUACCAAUGAAACUUUACGGAACGUCAAGGUAGUAUCGUUAGAGCUCAGAUUAGAGGCUUCACCGCGGGAACUCAAUCCCCUUACAUAUAUACUCACAGAAUACGUUUUGUUUGUUCCUGAUUCUGUUCGAGUAUCUCGUCGAGUGCUGCAGCAGGCUGUUGCCGCCAAUACGGGAAUUACUUCAAAUAUUGUGGCUAUUGGCAUUGCUAAUUCUCAUUUGAUCUGUCAGCAACUGAAAUGGAACUAUGUUGAUUGGACUCUGCAGUAUAAUAAGGAUGCAUCUGGAAAGUUGUGUGAUGCAGUUCAUGGGCAGCAUGCUCUGUUAAUGAAGACAUCUCUAUUGCAUACUUUACCACAACCUUUUGGGUUACCAUUCCCAGAAUCAUUGUAUCUCCAAACUGCAGUCAAAAAUGUCAAGGUACAAAUAUUGGAUGGUAAACUGGGAGCAGGUCGUAGCAUGCUCAAGUCUCCUGGCGCAAAACAGAGAGUGUCUCGUCGCAUGAGGGACAACAGAGUUGCAUUAUACAAACAGCUUGGAGUAAAGGCACUGAUCAGGGAGGACGGAAGAGUGCAGUGGUUUGGCUGUAAGAGGGAAACUCAGAGAUGUUUCCCAUCAGUGCAAGGGACACCAUCAUAUAUUCUGUCUGGACGAAACACUCCGCCAUGUUGUCGCCGCAAUAUGCGUCGCGCGGCUGGACACGUCUUGCAUGCACUAUUGCAAGCAGGGACGCGAUGCUGGCUCGAAACCACGUCUUUGCUUGGUGCAGUUGUCAGCGGUGAUAUAUUGCCUUGGGCAGAGUACGUGGAGAUUGGUAUCCAUGCUUCAGACGUAUCUCGAGUGUCGUGGCUGCAGCGUGGAGGUGCUGAUGCCGACGGAUUCGUGUGGGAGCGUGCCACUAAAGGCCAUUAUUAUAGAGUGGCGUUUUCAGCAACAAACAGAGUUUAUGUGUUGUUGUUACCGUUUACAGCAAGGAAUGGCACCAUGUGGCCCGCCGAUUGGGUGCUGGCCCACCAGAGAGAGUUUCCUGAACGACAUUUACAUCCACUGGCUCAGAUUCAAUUUGCCGGACGACAAGCUCCGGCACCGAACGACGCCCGCGCAUUCCUAGAUCUGAAACUAGGCAAUGGUGCCGUAGAAAGAUGUAACAGGAUUGGCUCCAAACUACUUUUUCCAUAACUUGAUUUAGAUGUAUAAUUAAUUAGGUAUUUUCAACCAAAGAUUAAAGUGAGUUUAUUUUUUAAGUAUUAUUUAUUUAUAACAAUAUGCCUUGAUUGUGGCAGCAAUACAAUUUUACGCUGAUUGAUAGGAUUGUUGGCUGACCUUGCAGUCCCUGCAUGUAGUUCUUUAGUUUCGAGAAUAACGAUUUCCUGAGGGAAGAAAGGGUAGGCUUACAGUGGAGGAAAGGGGAUAUAUUAUACCACUUUCUUCCCUGGUUACUCUAUUGUCUACAUCUCUGUGGUUAUCUUGCCUCUCGCACAACUCGCGAUCUAGUAGUGUAGUAUAAAAAGACGGACUAUACUAGAGUUGUAGUAAAGGGUCUUGGUAAUUCAAUAUAAACAACAAGUUUUUGAUUGUGGUCGCGUAGGUACGUAUUUCUAACAAUUAUGUAAAAAUUAUUAGAGUAUAACUCGCCCUUGGCCUUUUAUUGCCACGUCUUGUGUCCUUGUGAAAAUUUUAAAUGUAUGUAAUUACUAAAAGGGAUGAUCGAUAUUUAGUAGAAAAAUAUCGUUUUGUUAACACCGACAUAUCAAUUAUUAGUCCUCAUUAAUAUUGACAAAAAAAACUUUAAAGAAAAGGAUGUCCAAGUAUAGUCUAAAGAAAUAUAAAUAAGGAAUCAAGGCCAAGGAAAAAUAUUGAUUGAUACAUAUGUUUUUCUAAUAUCGAUCAUCUUAAUUUACUAAUUUUAUAGUCGAAUAAAAUACAUUGUGUCUUAUAUGAUUUGAUGUUAAAUACGACAUAUUUUUAUUAUUGUUAUCUGUUUAGAAGAGAUUAAAUACUUAAUAAGUAUAGCUUAUAAAUAUUUUAAUUUAAUUGUUUUAUAUUAAGAUGAUGGAUGCUAUGCAAUCUCAGGAUUUAAUUAUGAUGUUUUCUUCGUAAUAUAUAUUAUUUUCACCGUGAAAGCAAUUUGCCUGCUAGAUUAUAUAGUUAAUUUGUAAUGUACCUAAAAAUACAACUUACCAAUCAAGUACUUUAAAAUAAAUUCAUAAUAUAAAUUUAUGAGUAUAUUAAGAACACUGUAGACAUUCCAAACUAAAGGUAGUCUUGACUUAACAUUAAUGCUGUAAUAGAUUUUCUACAAUCAAGAAAUACAUUUUGAUUGCAUUUGAACCGUUUACUAGGAAUUCCUUAUCCUUUUUUAACUUUUACCUUACCUAAGUACAUUUUUAUAGUUCAAUAUUUUUACUGAUUGAUGUAUAUAUAUUAAUUCCUUUAAUAUUUUUAAUGUUAGUGUUGGAUAAAGUUGUAUGAUUGGUGAGCUUGAAUUUUCUAUACAGGCAAUAAAAAAGCUUCUUAACAAAAUUAUCCUUUAUGAAGCAAGUACAAAUAAGACCAUAGAAGCAAUUUUCUAUUAUAUUAUUUAAGAAAUAAAUUCCUAUAUAUAUAGAAUUAUUUAUAUUAGGGUAUAAUGUACUAAAGUAUUGACGACAUAGUAUUAAAUAAAAGGAAAGCAUAUUUAAGGUCAAUAUAAUGUAUGUUUAAAGUAUGCUUUCGUUUCAUAAAUAACGUUUCUGUUGAAUUUUUUUCGGCUUGUUUUCUUGUAAUUAAUUUAGUUCACAUGAAGAUCGUAGGAAUCCAGGUAUACUUUGUAGAAAGUUGUGAUUAGUUACAAUUAAUUACACGAUAAGACGCGUAACAUAUCGGGAAUGGUAAUGCAUGGGUGGUCUCACUGGCGCCAUACGAUGCCGUGUUGGCA